AUGCGCAUCGAUAGGACUCGGGUGAAGGUGUACCGCCUCAACGACGACGGCAAGUGGGACGACAAGGGCACAGGCCAUGUGUCCGUCGAGUAUCUCGAGCGGUCGGACGCGAUAGGGUUGGUGGUGAUCGACGAGGAGGACAACGCCACGCUGCUCGUGCACCGCAUCUCCACCGACGACAUCUACCAGCGCCAGGAAGACACCAUCAUCUCGUGGACGGAUCCCGAAGUGGCCACGGACUUGGCGCUCAGCUUCCAGGAGAGCAUGGGCUGUGCUUAUAUCUGGGAUCAAAUCUGCAACGUGCAGCGCCAGAUUCAGCUGCCAUCCGUCCUUGCAACGGAGGUGGCAAAGGACUCAUCGGAGCUGCCAGCAGUGGAGACCCGCACACUGCCAGCCAUCGCAAAGCUGGUGACGGACGUCUCGCCCUUCCACCGGGAUCGAAUGGCAUCUCUAAUCCUCCGCGAGGGCUACGUGGCGCGGCUGGUGGCGCUGUUCAGGGCGAGUGAGGGAGCACACGACACCCCCGCUCUGCACCACCUCUACCGCGUCUUUAAAGGCCUCGUGCUGUUGAACGACUCACAGCUGUUUGAGGAGCUGUUUGCACCGGAUGCCAUCAUGGACGUCAUUGGCGCGCUUGAGUACGACCCGGACGUGCCAUGCAGGCAGCAGCACCGUGCGAGUGUGCAGCAGCAGGCAGUGUACCGCGAGGCGCUGCCCAUCCCCAGCGCCGCCCUGCUCGCCAAGAUCCACCAGACGUACCGCCUCGGGUACAUCAAGGAUGUGAUUCUACCGAGGGCCCUGGACGACCAGACGUUCAGCAGCAUCAACUCGCUCAUUCUCUUCAAUAACGUCGAGGUGGUGACGACACUACACAGCAACAAGCCCUUCCUGGCGGACCUCUUUGCGAGCCUGCGCGCCUCUGACCCCCACUCGCCCCAAUUCACCGACCUUGUGCGGUUCCUGCAGGAGUUCUGCUCGCUGCACAAGCACCUGCAACUCGCCCAACGCACCUCCUUCUUCAGUGCGCUCAUAGCGUUGGGCCUCUUUGACGUAUGCACACUCGUCAUGCAACACCCCCUGCACUCCGUGCGCCUCUCAGGAAUCGACAUACUCAUGUCGUUGAUGGUACCUGACCCCGCCCCUCUGCGCACGUUCCUCGUGGAGCAACCCUCCCACGCCCUCCUCUCCUGCCUCGUGCGCGGCAUGGUGGCGUGCAGGCAGGUGGAAGGAGGGCUGCACGCACAGCUGCUGGAGAUGCUCAGAGUGCUGCUGGACCCCGAUACCAUGGAUGCGGCCGACAAGAGCAAGUUUCUGGACCUCUUUUAUGAGGACUAUCUUCAGCUGCUCAUCUCAGCCGUUGUUGCCGGCACCAGCGCAUCUCAGCCGUCCACGUUCCCCGCUGCUGCCCGAAAUUCUACCGGGGCUAUGAAGAAGAGGCGGGCAGCACAGGGGAGAGCAGAUGGUGGGGCGAGUGGGAGAGUAGAUAGAGAAGCGGGGAGGGGAGCAGGAGGCAGGGGUGAUGAUGCAGAACCAGCAGAGAGGGAUGGAGCAGAAGGACGGGAAGCAGAGAGAGGGGGAGCAAGGGGCGGAGGAGCAAGGGGUGAAGAGCAGGGGGAUGCAGAGGGCGAGGAGAGGCAGAGCGGAGAGGGGGGUGGAGGCGAGCGGGGCGAGGAGCCGCCGUCACCGGAUGUGCUGACGAGCAUCUGUGACCUGCUGUGCUUUUGCGUGCAACACCACAGCUUCCGCAUGAAGUACUACGUGCUGCGCAACAGCGUGGCAGAGAAGGUGCUGCGGUUGACGCAGCGGCGAGAGAAGUACCUCUCUGUGGCCGCCAUCCGCUUCCUGCGCUGCUGUAUCGCACUCAAGGACGACUUCUACGUGCGCUAUCUGGUGAAGAACCGCCUGCUGGACCCGGUCAUGGUGGCCUUCCGUGCCAACGGGGCGCGCUACAACCUCCUCAACUCCGCCGUGCUUGAACUCAUCGACUUCGUCCGCAAGGAGAACGUGAGGCCGCUGGUGGCGUACAUAGUGGAGUCAUACGGGUCGUGGCUUGACUGCAUUGACUACGUUGACUCCUUCAAGCUGCUGCGACUCAAAUACGAACAGAACCUCGAGUCCAACAGACCAGCUGUGCCUCCCCCAGUCGUCAUUCUCCCCCCUUCCACCUCCUCUCACCACCACCACACGCACCACCACCAUCACCACCAGCACCAGCACCACCAUCAACAGCAGCAGCAACUCCCCUCCUCUCCUCCCUCAUCUCCGCCCCUCCACUCUGCCGCUGAAGCCACUGCUGCUGCUGCGGGCGAGGAAAGACAUGAUAAUGGCGCUCGUAGUGGCUCUGCCACCACUGCACAUGCGUGUGCGCAUGUUGACGCUGAUGCUGUUCCUCAUAGUGAUGGUGAUGAUGCUGCUGAUGCUGCUGGUCCUGAUACCAGAGAUGCUGGCAACGAUGAUACUACUAACAAUGAUGCUGAUGCUGCUGAUGGUGGUGAUGAUUAUGAUGAUGAUGAUGAUGAUGAUGAUGACGAUGGUGAGGAGGAAGAGGAAGAGGAAGAGGAGGAUGAGGAUGAGGAGGAAGAGGAUGUGGAAGCUGAAGGCGAGGGUGGUAGCAAUGUCGAAACUAACGAUGCCGACGCGAAUGCCGAUGAAACCAAGGACACUGAUGCUAACAGUAGGGACGCUCAGAGGCAUCCGAACCUCUCUGGUUCAGCAGCAGGCUCAGCUCUGGGUGUUGUGCCGGUGAUGGGAGGGGAAUGGGAUGGGGGUGACGAAGGAGGAGGGGGAUUGGAGGUGGAGGGUGGGAGGGGGAGAGGGAGAGGGAGAAGACAGAGACGCAGUCGAGAAGGGGGGGUGGAGGCGGAUCCGCAAGACAACGGUUUUCAACAAGAUGGCAGGUGGGGAUUGCGAUGGAUUUUCUUGUCUUUUCAAAAGUUGGCAGGUGGGAUCUUGCCUUUCUGCCGUGCAUCCUCUUUCCCUGUUCUCUUUCCCUGUGCUCUUUCCCUGUGCUCUUUCCCUGUGCUCUUUCCCUGUGCUCUUUCCCUGUGCUCUUUCCCUGUGCUCUUUCCCUGUGCUCUUUCCCUGUGCUCUUUCCCUGUGCUCUUUCCCUGUGCUCUUUCCCUGUGCUCUUUCCCUGUGCUCUUUCCCUGUGCUCUUUCCCUGUGCUCUUUCCCUGUGCUCUUUCCCUAUGCUCUUUCCCUGUGCUCUUUCCCUGUGCUCUUUCCCUGUGCUCUUUCCCUGUGCUCUUUCCCUCUGCUCUUUCCCUCUGCUCUUUCCCUCUGCUCUUUCCCUGUGCUCUUUCCCUGUGCUCUUUCCCUAUGCUCUUUCCCUGUGCUCUUUCCCUGUGCUCUUUCCCUGUGCUCUUUCCCUGUGCUCUUUCCCUCUGCUCUUUCCCUCUGCUCUUUCCCUCUGCUCUUUCCCUGUGCUCUUUCCCUGUGCUCUUUCCCUGUGCUCUUUCUUCACCAUCGCAAUCACUCUUCCUUUCUCUGCUGUCACCCACAUGCCUCUCCGCCGUUUCUCCCUUCUGCUGCCAUCCCCACCACUGCCAGUGAUGAAGAUGCCGACAACCCUGAGUCUGCACCAGCAACGGUGCCAGGAACCCACUCCCCCCCUCUCCACCCGCCCCACCUAUCCAUUCCCCUGCCCUCCCUCCACCCCCCUCCUCGCCUCCACCCCUGGUUACCCCCGCACCAACCCCUCUCCCCCACCGCCCGCCGGCCGUUCUCUCGUUCGCCCUCUCCCCCUCUCGGGCGGCCGUCUUUGUCUCCACCCGCCCGCCCGUUGUCCCCAUCUGCCCGCCACCGCAUGUCACGAUCGCCCUCGCCGCCCCCACCACUGGCCCCACUGCCGCCCAUCAACGGCACCAUCGGCAGCGAGUCUCGCAGGAAGCGGCCGCGUGGGUGCAUGGACUCGAGUUCAGCGCAGGCAGAAACCGGGGCGGAUGGAAGGGGGGAGAGUGGGUGUGAGCAGGGAGGGGAAAGCAGUGAAGUGGCAGAGUGGGCAAGCAAGGGCAGGGCGGCAGAGGGAGGUGAGCCGGGGCCUAGCAGCAAGGCACUUGGCAAGAAGGCACUGUGCAUGAGAAAACGGUUCCUGCAGGUGCGCACUCAGGAUAACACCACUGCGGUGCCUCUGGGGGAGGUGGCACCUGGGGGAGGGGCGCCCAAGAGAAGAGGAGGGGCGCAGGAAAGGGAGGAGCCGACUCUUGGUGUGUGCUCCCCUCGCCCUGUGCUCUAUGACCCGUGGCAGAGCGCGAGGGGGAAGGGGAGAGAGCGGGCAGGGAGUGUGGAAGGAGACGAGGGCGAUGGUGGUGAGGAUGGCGAGUGGGCUGCUAGGCUGGCUAUGGCUGAGGAGGAGGAGGAGAGGAGGCACGCAGAUGGGGGUGAUGGGAUUGAAGGAAGUGGUAACAAGGGUGAAGGGAACGAGGGAGCGAGGGGAGGUGGAGGGGUGGAGGGUGAGUGUGCAGUGAGUGGGGUCAAUGAUGUGGGGGAAAAGGGUGGUAGGGAUGCAGGUGGUGGAGAAGAGGGCAUGGAUGGAGCAGAGAGGGGAGAGGAGGAGCAGGAGGAGAAGGCAAAGGGGGAGAAUGCAGGCAGUGGUACGAUGAUCAUAGGUGAUGAGGCAGGUGGGUCGGAUGGGCAAGGUGAGGCAGGUGGAGCAGAGGCACUGACAGCAGCGGCGGGAGGUGCACCAAGUGCAGGGCGGUCAGUGGUUGAGGCGUUGAGGUAG